AUGUUUGAUAAAUUAGCCGUAUUUAUUUAUAUUCUUUGCAGUUUUGCAGUUUGUAAACUAGAUUCCCAAGGUUUUACAGUAGUAAUUGAAGGUAAGGGGAAGCUUGUUGAAAAUGAUUUAUCAAACUAUAACUUUGAAUCAGAUAAGGGAGUUUUAAAAUAUCAAAUUAAUAAUAAUGAGAAGUGUGUAAUAGUUAAAUACCAAAAUAGGUCAUUUUGGGAAUUCGAAGAUCAAUAUCCCAGAGCGGUAAUUUUGUCAGAUAAUGGAGUUAAAAUUGAAUGUAAUGAAAAUCAUUACUAUCAGUACAUAUAUUCUAAUGAUAAUCUCAAAUUAAGUGCACACAAAAAACCUAUUGAAAAGUCAGAAGAGCCCAGUGAAAUUGGGGUGGAAUGUGGAGACUAUGAAGUGUUUGCAUACUAUAAAGAAGGAGAACCGUUGAAGACUAUUUAUUAUUUUAAGUCCAAUUGCGAACAGAUUUUGUAUAAUCAAAACACAUUAUGGAAAUCAGACGGGUCAGAGUACCCAAAUUCAAUGAAUUAUAAAGAAAAUAAAAUCGUUUUGACCUUUAACGAUAACUUAAUUGUAUAUGAGAAAGAAGGAAAUAAUUGGAACUCUUCCAACGCAACCUUGUCUGAUAUAGAUACCAAAUCACUUAGAGGUUCGGGUGAUGUAUCAAAUUAUGAAGAGUACUCAAACAAAAAAGAAAAAUUAUUAAGGCAUGAAGCAAUUACAGACGAACUUGGACUUGCACUUGCACUAGUUUUAAUAAUAGCAAUUAUUUCAAUGGUCAUUGUAAUGUUGAUUCUUUUAUUGGCCUUCGGAUUUACAUAUUUAUCAAAUAAAAAGGCCAAAAAAAUGGCAAAUUUAAUGCCUGUUCAUGAAGUAAUGACAGUUCACUAA